CCGCAGCGCCGCCGCCGCCAUCGCCGCCAUCGUCGCGGGGCCUCGCGGGCGGCCGGGGCUGCCCUCGGCGCUGCCUGUGCCGCCGGGAAGCGCCAGUCAGCCGAGGGCGCCGUGACUGCCGGGAGAUGCCCUGGAUUGCAAUUUGCCUGGGCCUGGGGCUGCUGGGAUUGGUGCUGCUCCUCCGCCGUUGGGGCUGGGUCUGGGUGCUCCUCUCCUACCACGAGCUGGUCCUGCAGCCACUCCAGAACCUGCUCAUGGGCAACAGCAAGGAGCAACGCAUCCUGCGCCACGUGCAGCAGCACGCUCAGCGCGGAGACCCACAGAGCGUGCUGGAAGCCAUCGACACCUACUGCUCACAGAAGGAGUGGGCCAUGAACGUGGGUGACAAGAAAGGAGAGAUCGUGGACGCAGUGAUACAGGAGUACCGCCCCUCCCUGCUGCUGGAGCUGGGAGCCUACUGUGGCUACUCGGCUGUGCGCAUGGCCCGCCUGCUGCCCCCGGGCGGGCGGCUGUUCACCAUGGAGAUCAAUCCUGACUUUGCUGCCAUCACCCAGCAGAUGCUGGACUUUGCCGGCCUGCAGGACAAGGUCACUGUGCUGCUGGGGGCGUCCCAGGACCUCAUCCCCCAGCUGAAGCAGCAGCAUGACGUGGACACCCUGGACAUGGUGUUCCUGGACCACUGGAAGGAGCGCUACCUGCCGGACACACUGCUCCUGGAGCAGUGUGGCCUGUUGCGGAAGGGGACAGUGCUGCUGGCUGACAAUGUCAUCUUCCCGGGGAGUCCAGACUUCCUGGCACAUGUGCGUGGAAGCAGCAGCUUCGAGUGUACCCACUACAGCUCAUUCCUGGAGUACAUGUCGGUGGUGGAUGGGCUGGAGAAGGCCAUCUAUGUGGGCCCAGGUGGCCCAGCGUGACUUCAACCAUGCACCCUGCCCUGGAUCCCUCCGACAAGCUGGCCCCUGCCAACCCCGCUUCUGUUACUGCUGCCUGGGGUAUCUGCCUUCAAGUACCAGGCAUACUUAGUGCCUGAAAGUCCUGGGUCCUGGCCACACCUGCCUCCCUAUGCUGGGAUGC